CGCACGCCGCUGGCGGCCUCCGCUCCCGCCGCCGCCGUCGCUUCUGUGGGCCGUCCCUAGGGCCACCUGGUUCCUGCGGCUUAGGUCAGUUGCUGUCAGUGCCUCCGAACUGGUGCUGAUGGACAAAUACGUAGUGAAACGUUCCCCCCGAGAGGUGCGGAGCGGUAGCGGCGGGAAAAGGCCGCGCCCCGAGGAGCCGGGGCCUGCCUCAGCGCAGCCGCUCUGGCAGGAGAUCCGCGCCGAGGGGCUGAGCUGCGAUUACCGGCUCCUCUUCGCUAAGGCUGAGGCUGACCGCAUCUUCCAGCAGCUGGAAGAGGAGGUGGAGUACUUCGAAGGUGAAAUGACAAAACUGCAAGUGUUUGGCAAGUGGCACAACAUUCCAAGGAAGCAGGUCACCUAUGGAGACCCUGAGUUAACCUACACCUACUCAGGUGUUACCUUCUCUCCUAAGCCAUGGAUCCCUGUUCUCCAGCGCAUCCGAGACCGCCUCACUCUGGACACAGGACAUACUUUUAACUUUGUCCUAAUUAACAGGUACAAAGAUGGUGAGGACCACAUAGGUGAACACCGCGACGACGAGAAAGAACUGGUUCCACGCAGCCCUAUCGCCUCUGUCUCCUUUGGAGCUUGCAGGGACUUUGUUUUCAGGCACUGUGAUUCCAGAGGGAAGAAGGCAACACGCCACAUCAAACCCAUCAAGCUGCAGCUAGCCCAUGGCAGCCUGCUGAUGAUGAAGUACCCCACCAAUGUGUACUGGUACCACAGCCUGCCCACCCGUAAGAGAGUGCUUGCCCCAAGGAUCAACCUCACGUUCCGCAAAAUGAGGACUGUAGUCAAGUGAAUUAAUCACCUCAAGCACCAGGGUUGGGGUUUUUUUUUGACUGAAGAUAGAAACUUUUCCUCUCUGACAACCAAUUUAUGGUUCAAACACUCUCUUUGAUGAUCUAAGCUACUGGAUGACCAAUGUGAGCCAGGAGUGGAGAUGGUGUGCUUGGUAAGGCAGACUGUGACUGCUGAUCUGCAAUGCCAGGGAAACUCUUGGAGCUGCUACUUCAACC